CUUAGGACGCAUGCGCACAUAUCUGUCUGCUCGUAUUUCCUUUGAGAAAACCAAAAUGUGAAGCAACUGUUUUCAGGAAUUCUCAGCACGAUGAUGCACAGACACAAUAGACACCUGGCUGUCAGCCCAUCUUAACACAGACAGCACUGGACUGCACCAGCACAAUGAAGGGCUCAACCCUCUGUCACGUCGUGGUGGCAUUCUGUACCGGCAUCUGCUGUGGCCUCACCAACAGGAAAGUGUACAUAGAGGCCGACAAGAACUGUGGACAAACCCACAUGCUGGAUUCAGGGGAGAUAAUAGUCAUAGGUUCACAGCGAGGUCCCUCGUCCGACCUGCAGGCGGAGUGUGAGAUCAUCUUCACCUCCGCAAGUCCUGAUGACCAAGAUCGAGUGUGUAUGGAGAUUGAAGAUCUCGACUUCCAGGGCAACUGCUAUGCUUCUCUCACACUGUACGAUGUGGCCUCGGACAGCACGUCGCGGAAGAAGGAGCUGGGGUCCUUCAGCUGCCACAAGGCCCCGCCCAUGGAGGUGUGCUCAGUAGGGAGAACAUUGAAGAUGGAUCUGAAUCGUGGCUUUGUUUCCUACCAGAGAGACCUUGUGUUGUUCUUGCUACAAGUAUACACAAAGAAUCCUGAUGCUCCCCUAGAGGACCGCAUCAAGGAGGUGCCUGGUGUGUUCCACAACGUAGAUGCCUACAUCAUCAUCCUCAUCGUCAUCGCAGCUGUAGUUAUCCUCAUGCUCAUCACGGUGAUUGCCCUCGUCACGUUCUACGUGCGCCGCAAAUCCUCCAGAAGCUCAAGAAGGGGAGGCAACUCCGCCAGCUCUGCCUUGCCCAACACUCAGGCUUCCCAUCCUUUGCAGACACCAGCACCCCGACAGGAACUGAAGCCAAGUCGAGUGGGAUCCCAGGAGUACUACCCGCUCCGCCCAAUACCUCAGCGUCAGUACAUCGGUCAGCAUUUCCCCCCCUUCAGCUACCAAGCCUACACUGACCAGUGCUGGCCCAACAAGGACGAGGGCUACCCCAGCUCGGGGGUGACGGCCAGUGCGGCAGGAACCCAGUCCACCCCAGUGUCGUCGUACUACCAGACCUACUCCCUCCACGAGCACCCCCAGGCCUGCCACUGUUACAGCUACCCAAGCGAGAGCCUCCAACCCGACAACUACCCCACGGACGGCUACACCAGCGAGAGGUGCUCGGGAGAGAACUAUGAGAGGUACUCGGGGGAAGGUUACCAUAGCGACAGCUUUGUUACCGAAAGGUACCCGGCUCAGCAUUACUCCAUGGAGAGGUUCCCGCCUCAUGGCGUUCUACGAGGGUACACCGGCUACCCUGGGAUCACCCAUCCUUUAAUGCCGGGCUUGUGUUACGGAUCAAACCUCGGGUAUCGGCCAGGGGAGGAGGAUGCGGAUCAGUCGGAUGUCAGUGAAAACGAAGAUGAGGCUGGUAAGGGGAAACAACUCUGUCCUGCCCUGGAAGGGAACAAUGGCUUCUCCAAGUCCAAAGAUGAAGAUGAUAAUAACCCGGAAUAUCAAGAAAUUGGUCCGCCGCAGUUCAAACAUGUGACGUUCAUGUGAUAUUUACCGGAACCGUGAAGCUGGCUGUUGUAGUUUCGUUUGUUAUUUUGAGGUGUGAGCUUUCACAGCAUGUUGAAGACUCUUGUCAUGAGAUUGUUGGUUACGUAGCUGAGAAGCGUUCAGCUUCUUGACAUAAGAGCUGAUGCUUGACACUUUGGAUUAACUUCCUGCAUGUUUUUUGUUCCAUGAUAUGUUAACAUGGUUAACAUGUUGAUAGGUCGAGGAUUGUGAAAAUAUUUUUUUAUCUGUACUGAUGGGCUUAUCUCCACAGUGUUUUGGCUGUUUCUUGUCUCCAUGGAGACUGUACCAACGGCUGACGGGGAAGUGGGUAGAAGUAGCGUGUUAACAUAUUUGUCGUUUUGGAAUUCUUAAGGAUCUGAAGUAGGAAUCGUCUUACUUUGAAAAUAUAUUUCAUCACAUCUGAAAUGUCUAGAUUUGUGAGGUUUUUUUUCUGGAUUGUUUUUGAAAUAGUGUGUUACAUUAGUUAUAGUCAGCGUCAUUAUUGAGGGGUUAUGCAGAAAAUGUUACAUAUUCAACUUCCAAGAGUGGAGUUCAGUUGCAUCUGGAAUGAACCAUUAUUUUCAUGUAUUGUACCACGUGCAUGGGCUAAGCCACUGGUUGCGUUUGGAGACAUGAUUUUGGUAUCUUAUUCCAUGUAUAAACCUUGCAUUUUCAUUGUUUUAAUAGUCAUCCGUUUUUCCAGUUUUAUGAAAGCAUCCAAUCUGUGUGACAACGGCAUUAACAACCUGUUCUUCAACUGUUAACCACACUGUCAACAUACUCAGACCUGUUGACGCUUGUUGGCAUGUUCAUGUUUGACUCCCUUUAUGCCUUGGUGACCAUUUAAUAAUGACGCUGAGUAUAUAUCAGAAUGUUAGUUUUAAUAUAUUCUUUAUUGACAUUCUUUAAGUUAGGUGACACUUCUUGCGGGUGAUGAUAAGUUCCCUACAAUGAGUAAGAAGAGUUAUAUUUUCAGCCAGGUUUAUGCAAUUAGGGCAUUGUCAAUAUUUAUCUCAGUUAGAAAAAAAUGUUUUAAGGUGAUGUUUUCGUAAUGAGGCAAAGUCGCUUAGAUAUCAGCUGUAGCUACAAUGUGUGGAUGAUGGCAAUCUUCCUCAUGCUAAUGAUGAAUGUUGAACCUUGUGUCGAAUAUACCGGUCUAAUAUACCGGACUUGUAUACCGGUCUCAUAUACUGGUCUAAUAUAUCGGGUUAAUAUACUGGUCUCAUAUACCGGUCUAAUAUACCGGUCUAGUAUAACAGUCUAAUAAACGGGUCUAAUAUACUGGUAUAAUAUACCGGUAUAAUAUACUGGUCUAAUAUAUACCAGUCUAAUAUACUGGUCUUAUAUACCGGCCCAAUAUACCGGUCUUAAUAUACUGGUCUAAUAUACCAGCCCAAUAUACCGGUCUUAAUAUACUGGUCUAAUAUACCGGUCUAAUAUACUGGUCUAAUAUAUAGGUCUAUUUCCAUAUAGGGAAUCUGUCCUGACUGAUAUACGAUGUUCUCCCGUCAUGUUGAUGAUGAUUGUGUAGAAGACAUGCAGUGAUUUAUUUGAUGUUUAAACGGGAAACGUGUUGUUUAUGAAAUGUCUGCUUUGUAAGCGUAACGACAGAACCAGGAAUCAAUGUUGAUGGCUAGAUCAUAGCCGUAUCAGUAGUGCUGAUUUAGUAUAGUGCUAUGUAUCAAUCUUCCACAUUGUGCAGGAGACUCAUCAAGGGAUGUGAAACCCGAUGGAUUCUGUCAAAACUCCGUAUCCCCGUUCGUCCAUCACUCGUGAAUACAAGCGCCUGUGUAGACACCAUUUUUAACUGAUAAAUCACGCCAUGGCUUGGUUCAACAAGACCACACCCGUGAAGAUCCGGGGUAGAGUAGGUCUUCAGGAACCCUUCCUUGCCGUAAAAGGCGACUAUGCUUGUCGUAAAAGGCGACUAACGGGAUCGGGUGGUCAGGUGU